GGUCUUCAAUGACUUGCUGCACACGAAAACCGUGGCAGUUUUAUUCAAGUUUGAGCGCUCGAAUCUGCAACAACGUGCACGCAAAACUCUCAAAAUUUUCUCAAAAACAUCAAAUUCACUAGGCGAGCGGAAAACUCUAGUAAAACGCUAAACGUGUCGCUGUUUCUUGGAAAAUAUCUAAUAUUUUUGGCAACAUCUCGUGUUUUGUGCAACUGUGUUUGUGCGUGUGUGGGUGUGUGAAGCAGAAGAGCGAACAACAAGGAAAAAUACUCUGUUCUAAGAAUGUGAAAACAUUUUAAACAACGAAACACUCCAGAGAGCUCCAAGUUUAAGCAAACUAGGGGAACAGCAAAACACUGAAUGCAAAAUACCCUGUAAAGUGUUCCAGCAACUAAUUUGGUCACUUAGCACCAUCGACAUCGUGCCCCACCUGCGGCAUUUUCAUUAUUUCGUGGCAACCAGGUGAUCCGUAGGCCUUAAACUGGCGCUCAAGGUCAGGAAGCAUCUAUCCUUCUACUCGCCGACGCUGCUGAGCGCCGCCUUCACCAGUCUGAACGGUGUGUACAACAACAGCAGCAAUAGCAGCGAUCCCGCUCCGGACGAGGAGCCCGACCAGCCAGCGAGCCAGCACCACAUCCACCAUUCAAGGGUGAGCCACCACAUUCCGCGGGAGCCCAAGCAGGACAGGGAUCGCGAGACGGAGCGCGACCAGGAGAUGGGCGGCCCAACGGCGCCGGUGGCCAGCAGCGGCGAGGUGGGCCAGACGUACUGCCUCCGCUGGAACAACCACCAGACCAAUCUGGUACAGAUCCUGCACGCCCUGCACGAGGUGGGCAGCUAUGUGGACUGCAGCCUGGUGGUGGACGAUGAGCAGUUCCAGGCCCAUCGCGUGGUUCUGGCGGCCAAUUCACCGUAUUUCCAGCACAUCCUGAAGGAUGUGCCGCAGGACCACUGCAGCAUUAUACUGCCGGGAGUGAAGGGCUUCGAGAUUGCCGCCUUGCUGCAGUACAUGUACACAGGCGAGACGACGGUGACCAAGAGCCAGGAGCCGGAGAUUCUGCGUACGGCCAAGGAGCUGCAGGUUAAGGGUCUGUACGACAACUUGAUGAAGUUCAAUCAUGCCAGCGUCACGCCCACCUCCAGCUCGGGAGCUGGCGGAGCCAAGCCCCAGAACGGAUCCGCAUCCAACCACUCCUCAUCCGUGAUCUCCACAUCCACACACAUCUCGCCCAGCGCCGCCAUCUCGAGCAGCUGCUCACCACCACCGCCGCCGCAGUUUGGCUAUCAGCCGGGCUACAGCCACUAUCCUCAGCAGCAGCAAAUGCCGGCCAGUCAAAUUCCGGCCGGUGAGGCUCCACUGACCCCCACCCAGGCCACGCCCCACUCGGCAGCCUCGGGAGCGGGCGAAGCCGGCGGCCAGUGGCCACUGACGCCCUCCGCCGCCGCCGCCAUGUUGAACUCUGUCUACGAAUCAGCCGCCGAUAUGAAUCCUCUCAAGCGCAAGAAGCUGUCGGCCAUUUCAAGCAUGCUCCUGAGUGGAAAUCGCGACACACCCAUCCUGAGAAACGUUCUGGCCCAAGCUAAUCCCGCUGACUCCUCGCAACCCGGACCAAUGAAUGCCAAUGGAGAGAAGACGCCCACUCAUCCACACCAGAAUACCCAGCUUCCGGCCGGAUUGGGAGUAAGUGGAGGCGAGCGCAAUCACAGCUUCAAUGGGUCAGACUACGGCGGCGACAAGGAACCACUUUCGCCCUACACAGAUCGUUCCUUUGAAGAGGAGACCGGUCAGUCCGGGGGCAAGAAGCCGGAAUGGAAGCGGUACAAGCAGUAUACCAGAGCGGACAUGAUGUGCGCCAUCCAAGCGGUGAGGGAGGGAAUGAGUGCCCUGCAGGCGAGCAGGAAGUAUGGUCUGCCCAGUCGCACCCUCUACGACAAGGUCCGUAAGCUGAACAUCACGACUGGACGUGGCACCCACCGCACACCGAAACGCAGCCCUCCGGGAGCAGAGUCCUCGCAGGGUUUUUCAUAUUCCGCCGCGGCAGCCGCUGCUGCCCACAACUACGGACAUGGCCAUGGACAUGGCCAUCACUCGGAGGUGAAGCGUGAUCAGAAGGUGGACCAUGUGCCCGCCCAUCACGGCAUGCCGCCCACCAUUCCACCCUCAGCUGCGGCUCUCCUGGAUCACGCUUUCCUUCAGCAGGCUCUGGAGAACCGUGGUGGUGACAUGGCCGGCCGAGAGGCUCUCCAUGCCAUGGCACUGGCCGCAGCUGCCCAUGCCGCUGCCAAUCGCCUGUCCACCAGUCCGGCGGAGAUGGACCAGCGCUCCAAUGGCCAUGGCAUGCGGUCGCCAAGUCCGCAAGGUCGUCACUAUCCGCACGAGCAGGAGGCCAUGGACUUGGAGAUGGAGAAGCACGAGCAGAAUAUAAUCAAGCGGGAACGCGACCAGGACGAGCGUGAGGAUGCGGACGAUGAGGAGGAUCAUGAGCAAGAGCACGUGGAGGAUCUCUCGCUGGCCAGAAAGGAGCGGCCACCAUCGCCCUACUCGCCGCAGCCAACCGAGGGUGGUGCCGGCGUGAUCAUGCACGCCAGCAGUGCGUCCGCCAAUGGCAAGGAUCACGAGGACUACCCAUCCUCGCCGCAGUUCGUUCCCAUUGGGCUGAAGAGGGAGCUGGUGGAAGCCGAGGACGCUCAGGCCCGGGCCGACUGAUUGACGCUCACAAUGGCCUGGCAGUAUGCCACGGACAGCCUAGACUCCUUGGAGUAGGCCAGGCUUAGAUAGCAACUCCUAUUGUUCAAACCCAAUUAGAUCCAUCCUUGUGUUACUUUCCUUACUUACCAUCGGCGACUCAGGCGCCGACCAGCGUUGGUGAAGCUUUAAACGAAGAAACCUCAUCCCAGUCGUUGUGGGAAUCAUCCGCACCAGCACCUGGCACCCAUCGAAAAUCAAACCCACACACUAAACUAAAUUGUUGUCAGCAUCACUUUGUGCCUAAAAACAGAAAUGUUAGGAUAUAGAUAGUAGUAUAGGUCAGCAUAGAAUACAGAUAGAUACCCUAGGCUAGGCACUCGUAGGCCAUCUUUGGAAACCAGCUAGUUGUAGGCCUUAAACCAGUUCUACUCCACCAUCCCGAUGCCGGCCAACUGACAAACUAAGAUAUGUGUGCAUAUGUAAACCCACUUACAUGAGACUGAAGGCGGAAUCGGGAGGCGGUGGAGGAGCUAUCUAAGGACAGAGCAGAAGAGGCUCCCAUCAGAAUGGGUUAGCGGGUUAGCUACACCUUGUACAACUUUGUUAAAUGCCAGUGAUUUGUUUUAAAAAUUAUUAGCACUAGAUUAUUUAUAACGACCAUGCAUGUACGUGGCCUUACUUUUAUGAUUUCCGAAUCGAAGAGAGAGCAGAAGAUCCCACUUGAACAGAACUACCUCAAAUAGCGUAUCUUUGUUAGCCUCAUGUUAUCCUGUUAGCGAGAUAUUUAAAUCGUCCUGGGUUGAAUUUAUAAGACUGACACCGACUCAAACGUACCACGAGCAAGAGCACACGCAUUAAAAUACAAUUACAAACUAAACUUAAAUACGAAUCGAGACCCUUAGUUGAAGAUCUGUAAGUUUCCCGCAAAUUGAUUAGUUAUAAGGCCAUCAACUAAAUGUAAGCACUAAAACUAUACUAUUUAUAAGGCAAGCAAAACAAAACAAAACACAUGAAAACAUGCGCUGGGGGCAAUGCAAUAGGCUCUUUAAUUAUAAACACCUACACUUAUGCAACUAUAUAGUCGUACGGUCGAUAAUGUUAAUUUGUUAUACGAGUAACUCUGUACAUAGCAUCAUAGUCCACACACACAUGCGAAUUCUAGAUCUAGCUUUAAGUAUUCCGAAUUGUACUGCAAUUUAAAUUAUCCCUAGACACCCGACUUUCAUCAUGUAAAAAUCAGCGAAAGAACGC